UUACCCCGCUGUGGAGCACCGAGCUUCUACCCCAGUCCAUAGCUCGCCGGCCUGUCUGCCGGAGGAAAAGCGGAAUUUUCUCCGACAUCCAAAAUAAGCCGCGGCACAACGCCUGUCUAUCGCUUUUUGACUGCCAGCUGGAGUUGAUGGACGGUUAGCGCGCCGCGGCGCAACUGCAGGCGCCAGAUACGCGACAAUGCACAGCUGCAGCCUGGGCGUCAAUGCCUUCCGGUCGAGCGUCCAGGUCGCCGCCCGCCAGCUUUCGAAGCCGUGCGCCCAGUCUCUGCGCGCUGCCCCUCUCUCGAGUCGCUGUUUUGCAUCUUGGCCGCCCGUUCAAUCCCAGCGGCAACCGCAGCGAGGAGGACAUGGUCGAAACGUCCUUUCAGCCCCCCCGGCGUUGAGACACAUCGGACCGGCCUACGUGCGGCGAUCGCCCGGUGUCCGGACACUCAUCCUUGGCCAGACCGUCAUUACUCACUAUGUCGACUUACCUCCAAACUACAAAGACGAAGAUGGCCUUCCGUUUGCAAAACGGGACCUGGAAACACAUGAGGUUAUUGCCGUCUUCGGAACGAACAUCAGCACGGCGGCCGCCAAUAAGCUCCUGAGGAUUCUACAUGGCCGCCGUGUCGCUGGCACGCUCGAGGACCCGACCCUGCGGCUCAAUACGAUGAAGUAUUCGAAGGAGCACCAGAAUACCGCCCUCCAUUAUCUCCGCAACCACGUCCCGGUCGACGAAAUCGUGAACGCUGGCCUCCGGGCCGAAGACGAACUAGCCGUUCUGGAGAACGGCGACGCCAAAGAGGCGGAAGAUACGGAAACGAGUAGCGGGCCGGGCCAGGCGUCCAAGCUGAAGCUCUACAAGGAGGGCGGUGCGGAGCCCAAGGCGAAAAAGGAUAGCUUCUACGGACAGAGCGCCCUCGAUGCGAUCCGCGCUCACAACGAGGCAAAAUGGCAGGCGGAGCUCAAACGGCGCGAGGAGGAGAAGAAGAAGCGGGAGGAAGAGGAAAGGCACGGCAAGGCGGGGCCACUGCAGGUCAGGGGCCAACAACAGCGACAGCUGAGCCCCAAGAUGCAGGAGUACAUAGCCAAGGCGCAAUCGUCGCUCAAAGAGCCGCCCAAAAUGAGCAAGUGGCAGCGUCUCUGGCCCUCGACCGCCGCCGCCCUCGUCGUGAGCGGGCUCUGUCUGGCGUACGCCGCAACCUACCGGCCGCCGAAGCGCACGGAUAGGCUGUGGCCCGACGUCCCACCAGCAGCCGCCACAGUUGGCUUGCUUAUCCUGGCCAACUCGCUGGGCUGGAUGCUGUGGAAGGUCCCGCCGAUCUGGGGCUUCUUGAACCGGAACUUUAUGGUCGUUGCCGCCACACCGCGGGCUGCGGCCAUGCUGGGCUCCAUAUUCUCACACCAGUCGCUCGCCCAUCUGCUGCAGAACAUGCUUAUCCUCUGGUUCCUGGGCGUACGUUUCCACGACGAAGUCGGGCGAGGCACGUUCUUGGCGACCUACUUUGCAUCCGGUACGGUUGGCGCUCUCGGGACGUUGACCAUGGCGGUGCUGAAGAACCGGCUGGACCUCGCCACCUUGGGGGCCUCGGGGGCCAUCUACGGGAUAGGGGCGGCGUAUCUCUGGCUGCACCGGUUCGAGUCCUUCCGGAUCUUCGGCCUACCCCCGCCACCGAGAGAGGGGGUUCAGGGUCUCAGCAUACUGGCUCUGGGCGCCGCGGUUAACAUUGGCGGCAUCUUCACCCCCCAGCGCUUCAAAGUGGACUUCACGGCGCACUUGGUGGGCAUCGGCGUCGGCAUGAUUGCUGCACACCUAGUUGAGAGGAGAAGGCUGGCCAGACAUCGAGAGGGGGGCCUUAUGGAGACCGUCUCAACACUAACAACGAAGGAGUAGGUAUUGAAACGCUUGGGUACAAGAUCAAGGCGCCACCAUAGAACGAUAACUAGGUGUAGACGGAUAUGCAUGUGGUUCGUCUGUAUAUAAAGUUUUGUACAUGUACUGAUGUAUACCAUCAUCGAGUUGCAUCAAUCGUAACUCUUGCAUUUCAUUUCGAUGCGCGCCGUCGACCUCUUUUAACGCUUCACUCGCGUCGUCGGAAGGGCGAU